AUGUCCUUCAGAGAAAUAAGAAACUUCAUUGAACAGAUGAGGACCUUGGAAUACCCCGGGUCCAUCUCUAUGGAGAGCUUCAGGCGACCCAACUUCCCUCUGCUGGCAGACAUCCUCAAAUUCCUCGUCAAGAGCUUUGAGUCUCACGUGAACAUUCCCACCGAUGUGGCCACGGAGGCCUCCAGGGUGACCUUCAUCCGAGCUGUGGCCCAGUUCAUGGUGACGAAGGCUCACGUGAAACUCAACCUGAAGCAUCUGUACCAGGCCGAUGGCUACGCGGUGAGAGAGAUGUUGAAGAUCACCUCGCAGCUGUACGGCGCUUUGAGCGACGAGCACGUGACCCCGGACGACCAGGUCGCGGUGGACGACAGCGAGUUCAAGUUCGACCGCGGCUCAUGGAUGUCUGAUCUGAAAGCAGCUCGACAGCUGACGUCCGAGGUCAUGGCCUCAGGAGCAUCUCUGUGUGAUUUACUGGGAGAAGAGGUGGCCCUCAGGGAAAAGAGAACCGCGGCUAUUUCCAGACCUCUGGACAUCAGCGAGACGGAAAAGGCCUUCGAAGACGCCCUCAAGGAGGUUUUGUUGAGUGCAGAGAGGACCGGAGAACUGCUGCGUAUUGUUGAGUCUGAUGUGGCCAUUCUGGACGCUAAGAUCGAGCAAAAGAUGAAGGAGGUGGAGUGGACUCAGACGAGACUCCAGACGUGUCAGAGUAUCAGGCCGGUGUACAUGGACGAAUACGAGAAGAUCGAGGCGGAGCUGGAAAAAUCUCAUGAGAACUAUGUGGUGAAGUUCAAGUGCCUCACUCACCUGGAAUGUCUGAUGGAUCAGUACAGCAAAGUGGAGAAGCAGAAGCUUCAGGAGGCUGUGAACGCCCGUAGGACGAUGGCGAGAUUUAGCAAGUGGGGCGCCGGAGCCGACGAGGAUUCGGACUCGGAGAACUCGGAGGACGAAGACCCCGGCGACCACAGAGAAGAGUGUCGCCAGGCCACAGGGGACAGUUUCAUCAAGGCCUUACUGGGUAACAAGGUCAGUGAGGUCAGUGUCACCUGA